UGACCGGGUAGGAUGGGGGAGGGCAACGGGCAUUCGCCACCACCUCUCCCUCUUUUCUGGCAGCACCCAGCACAGCCGCAGAGCUAAAGCACGCAGGAUAUGGGCAAAAAAACAACUUAUUCCCCUGUGAGGCUGGACUGAGAGCAGCCGGACUUGGUGCUCAUGCUGAGGCACUUGGCCGCAGGGAGCCCGGCCGGACUAAAUUCACUGCUAAUCCAGAAUAAGGAGCAUGUGAGGCAACCUGCUGGGCUCUUUUUACUUUUUACUUCCAUCGUCAGACCUCUAAGAAGUUGUGAUCUAGCCUCUUUAAGGAUGCCAUCUUUGUAGUCACACUUGAGAAAAAAAAAACCUGUUGGUGCUGGAAGUUGAUGGCUAAAUGUAGAGUGGCCGACGAAAAGCAGUUUAGUGGCACAAUGUCGGCGUCUCAGGGGAUGAACCGCAGCGGCGCCUACAACUACUUCCUUAACAUGGUGGCCUAUCAGAUCUGCUGUUGCUGUGGUCCGGCUCCCUGCUCGCUCUGCUGUGCCUUCUGUCCUCCGGUGAAAUCGUCCACCAGCACACGGGUCAUGUACACCCUGUUCCAUAUCAUGAGCUGCGCCGUCUCCUGCCUCAUGCUGUCCCGCACCGUCUCCGAGCUUGUCAGGGAAAAUGUGCCUUUCUUCAACAUGGUGUGUGACCAGGCGCAUGGCGGGGGUCACUGUGAGAUGCUGGUGGGUUACUCUGCGGUCUACAGAGUGUGCUUCGGCACUUCCUGUUUCUACCUGAUGAUGGCCAUAUUCCUUAUAGACGUGAAGUCCAGUCAGGACUUCAGAGCGCUCAUACACAACGGCUUCUGGUUCCUGAAGUUGAUCACUCUGCUCGGGAUGUGCAUGGCCGCCUUCUUCAUCCCAACGGAGUCCUUCCUGCAUGCUUGGCAUUAUGUGGGUGUGGUAGGGGGAUUUGCCUUCAUCCUCAUCCAACUCAUCCUCAUCACAGCUUUUGCGCACACCUGGAACAAGAACUGGUUGACCGGAGCAGCAGAGAACAAGCGUUGGUACAUUGCGGUGAUGUGUGCCACCCUCUUCUUCUACACUAUCGCCACCAUGGCCUUCACUUUCAUGUACAAGUACUACACACACCCGGUCGCCUGCCAGUUCAACAAGGCCCUGCUGUGGAUCAACCUGGGGCUCUGCGGCCUCAUGUCCUUCAUUGCCGUCACACCGUGCGUGAAGCAGAAGCAGCCUCGAUCGGGGCUCCUUCAGGCGUCCAUCAUCAGCUGUUACGUCAUGUAUCUCACUUUCUCUGCGCUGUCCAGCCGCCCGCCAGAAAAAGUGGUGUAUCAGGGCAUGAACAUGACCGCCUGUUACCCCAGCGUUGGACAGGACGACAUCCAGAAUGAGGGCAAUGCUGUGGCCAUCAUUGGAGCUGCCAUCAUGUACUGCUGCGUCCUCUUUGCAUGUAAUGAAGCUUCCUACCUGGCAGAGAUGUUCGGUCCAUUUUGGAUGAUCAAAGUGUAUCGCUACGAGUUCCAGAAAGCCACCUGCUGCUUCUGCUGCCCUGAGGAAGAGGAAGUGGAGGAGGAGUUUGUGAUGGAGGACAACAACAAAGGCUGUCAGAAGGUGAUUCACAAUGAGACGCAGAGAGUGGCCUACAGCUACUUCUUCUUCCACUUCGUCUUCUUCCUGGCCUCACUCUACGUCAUGAUGACCCUCACCAACUGGUUCAGCUAUGAGUCAGCAGUUUUGGAGACCACCUUUACCCACGGCAGCUGGUCUACCUUCUGUGUGAAGAUGUCAUCGUGCUGGGCCUGUGUGAUCCUCUACCUCUGGCUGCUGCUGGGUCCUCUGUGCAGCUGCCAGUCUGAAUCAAGACCUCGGCGCUCACGCAUCAAACGGCGCUCAGGAUUGUCCCGUCAUGUGCAUGUCAGUGUCUGACACGCUCUGGAAGUUGAAUAAGGCGGACAUGGCAUGAUGUGGACGACCGAUCAUCUCCCCUUGGGGACCUGCAGGAAGGGAUUAUGAGGAUUGGAGGUCACAGGGGUCAUGGGUAAAAGACUCACAGGGCUGUGAAAAGGACCAUUCAGAGAAGGACCAAUGCUCUGUUGAUAUAAGAAGAACUGGAUAAAGACUUUAUGAUGUCACAGUCUAUAUGCAGUUAACCACUAGUGAGGACCUGACUGUGGUUUGGAAACACAAUUACAGUAUGAAUUGCCAAAGGGAUCAGAAGUAUAAUGUAAAAUGUGGGAAUUAUAGUAAGUAAUUGUAAACAUAGAUACAUUUAUGAACUUAAAUUAGUAUUACAUUCAAUUAUGGGCUGUAUUUAGUCUUUUAAGAAUACAACAAAGGCGGCUUAUAUAUAUUUGCACUCCUAAUUCUAGAGGAGAUGUUCCACUGUUUUUUUUUCUUUCUUUUUUAUAAGCAAAAUAAUCUACCGUAAAAAAGAAAGCCCUGUUAUUCCUCUAAACUUAGAUGAUGGUUUUGAUCAUGAACAAAUCUUUCUCGAAGUUCAGGAUUGAUUGCAUUGACUGAUGGUUCAAAUAUGACCUCGAAAGCAUGAGAUAGUCCUUCCUGUACAUUUAAUUAGCUACAAAUGUAUGCAUUGCAUAGGGAUAUUCGUUAAAAUUAAUAGAAAAAUGUGUUACGGGAAUAUUAAGGUAGAUAUACGCCAGUGGUGUCCUUAAAAAUAAAUGAAAAAUAAUCUGGAUGCAUAAAUCAAUAAAUAAUCCAGAUGCAAUGCAGACAGAACAGACUUCAUGUAACAUGAGAUACAAGGGUCCAAGAUUUAAAAACAAACAACUGAUGACGGGAGGAAGUGCAGGUGUACUGGAGGACAGGUGGUUGAAGGGCUAAUGGAAAACAGGUGAAACUAAUAAGGGCAGAACAAACACAAGACAGGAAGUUAAAACAGACAUGACAUUGAGAAAACGUCAAAAAUAAACCACUAAACUGAUAAACGCAUAAAGCAAGAUCAUAAUAGUUCUAACCAAACAUAAUCUCAGAUGUUGUCUCUGUGUUUGGUGAAAAGUUGAACUUGUAACCAUUCGUUGUGAUUUCCAGUACAUAGCCAAAGAAAGAUUUGUUCAUGUGUUUAAAAAAAAAAACCUAACGUGUCCCGGGUCACAGGGAUUCUGUUUCAGUAUUUUCUCUGCAUUGACGGAGGGGCAGCUAGACAGAAAUGUAUGAUGUUCUUUAAAAGUCAACACAAGCGUUUGUAAAAUUGAGGCAAAAAUACUUUGCAUUUGACUCAACAAGGAAUGCAUGCUCACAAAAUGUUGCUCUACAGUACAUUCACUUUUACUCUUGUUUACAUUUUGUUUUACGUUUUUACUGUCUUUUGAAAGCUUAAAAAAAUUGAAACCAUGAGUGCUCAAAAAUCAAAAAAGUACUAAAAGUCUCUUUCAGAGGGGAUAGAAGCUCUCUGUCUCAUGCCUUCAAAUGAAAUAGACAUGUCUGCUGAGGUGAACCGUGUGAUCUAAAGAAGCCCCCCACAUGUUUGUGUAGAUGUUGGUAUGUGGAAACCUGGGAAUUAAUGGUUUCUAAACUGAAGGGACACUGUAAUCUGGCUCAGUCCAAAAGGAAUAAAUUAUCUGUAGUUUAA